AUGGGUUCAAUUAAGACUAACCGUCUGAAGAAACAUUUGGCUAAGAAAAUCAAACAGAACCGCCCAAUUCCACAGUGGUUUAGGUUGAAGACUGGUAAUCGGAUUAGGUAUAAUUCUAAGAGGAGAUAUUGGAGAAGAACUAAAUUGGGGUUCUGA